AUGGAGAAGAUAUUUACCACCCUUCGUGAGAAUAGGAAGCUUCCUUUGACAGACAAGCAACUCUCCGAUCUCGGGGUCGAUCUUCAGCACAUUGAUAUCCGCACUGGUACAACCUCACCAUCCGUGACAAGCUACUUCCUACCGCGAGCUAAUUUCCCGGAUGUCGUGGAUUCUCCACACCUGGCACGUUCGCCACUUAUGCAAAUUGGAAGUCAUUCUGAACGGCCAGGUGAUCGCUCGCAUCCCUUGAUUCUUGAAUCAUUGCAGAUGUGUAUGUUUCCAGAUGUUAUGACCGAUGAAUACAGAUAUUUCGCACUUGGGAAGGACCAGAACCGCCAUAUCAGGGAUCACUUCUAUGGAGAGUUAAUAGAAUCUCCUCCAGAUUCAGUGCCCUGCCAUGACCAUAAAGGUCACCGGAGCUCAUUAUUCGGCUUACAUAGCCACACGAAAUGUGGUUCUGAUGAACGACCUUCCUCUAUGGAGCUCUUUGCCAUUGCCGCAUUGACCCAACGAGAAAUGCGGCAAGUUGAUCAGAAGGAGCCGGAUAAGUGCUAUUUUACUUUCCCGCAACUGACAAUUUUGAUGGAUGAAUAUGGUGGAUGCCGUAUCUUUCAAUUCUCUUUUGAUGGCAAGCUUCAUAUUCAAUUCACACAGGUCUUGGAUCUAGGAUAUGUGAUUGCCGUCCCUGAUUGGGGAAUAAGGUAUUUUGAUAUGAUUGAUAGAAAAGACUAUUUGGAAAAGUUGAACCUGCUUCUAAAAUGGGCAUGGCCUAUUCCGCAAGGAAACCCUGUUGCUAAGGUUCCACAGGAUUUGUCGGAUAUAUGCAUGUCUCACUAA